UCGCCGCGAAGAAGGAAUGAAACUACGGAAGCUUUCGUGUUUUCCAUGACAACAAAGAAGCAAACGUAGCUUUGAUUGGCUACCGGUAUCGGCGUUAGUCUCGCGAGCAAACGCUAUUUUUAACAUCCGCGAGGAUUAACAAACAUUUGAAUGGACAGUUUACAGCCCUAAAAUAUUAUCCAAUAUUCAUUUAAAGGCGUUUUGCAGUUUGUUUAAGAGCACGGUUACGGUUAAAAAGAUGACCUUUGCUGCUUUACCUGAAUCGAUCGAGAGUUUAUCCGAUGUCAGACGAGCGUCAUCUGGUUGUGGCGUUAUCUCACUUCACGAUGAAGACGUGUUAGCUGGCCUAACACUAGUUUCAGUAAAUCACAAGAAUGUACCAGGCUUGGACCUCAGAGAGCAUUUUCUUGUGUCACUUCACCAACAUACCUGGUUGAGAAUCCAAUGGAUGAAAAGAAUUUCGAUGCACUGAAAGACCUUGUUGGAAAGCCAUUUCUAGCAGAAAAAUCAGGCUUAUUCACUCAAGAGGAGGAGAAGAAGGUGUGCACAUCUUCUACAGCAGAAGAAGACACGAAUGGUUCAUGGUCACAAAGGACUAUCUCUCGUUUACUCAGAAGCACCUUAAAUCCCCGUAUGAAUUGGCUCUUACCUGGUCACAGUCAAGAUGAUAAUGAGGAGGAAGGAGAAGAAGAAGGAAACUUUGUGGUGGCCUGUAACCUGGUGUCCAGAUCCUCUGCACAUCUGUUACGUUUGCAACAGGCUCUUCUGAGUGUGUCCGACCAAAGGCAACAUGUCGGCGGGGCAGCAAUUGGCACUCCCAAGAUGUGUGUCAAGAGUAGGACAUUGUCAAGUGAUGGUCUCCUGGUUGUGCCCUCGGCGUCCUUCUUGAAUAAGCACUACAAUGCUCUGUGGAAGCUCCUGGAGCAAAGAUCACUGUUGCUUUUUAUCCACGAGUACACCAGGAGGGCUCAUUUUGCUGCUGCGUACAUCUCGAAAGUUGACCUUCUGCUUGAGAAUCACUUGAAGAAGUCACACCUCUCAUACAACCCGACGCAGCACUUCUGCUCAUCAGCAAAGGUCCAUUUUGUCUCCUUGUGCCAGGAGUUCCGCAUUCAUCUCAACCACUGGUCUUGUUUGUCUGCAAAAGUCCAGGCUGAUCACUACCUCAGGCGUGCUCUGGCCCAGCAGAACAAGAUGCUGGAGGAGAUUAGACAAACUCUUCACUUGCUUGGCCUGCAGGCUAUAGUUUUAAUGGAACGUUACGUGCACGCUAUUCUCAUUACCAUGGGUCAGUCUGAUUUGGACCAAAUACCAAGGGAGGUCAUGGCAGAUAUUUUAACUUCUUUAGACCUCUAUAACACGGCAAUGGAGGAACAGAGACUACAUAACAAUACCACCCAUUUUAAGACUAAAAUAUUACAACAGAUUUGUUAUACCGCAUUGACAAGCAAUCAGAGACAUCUUCCUGCUCCUGUCACAAUUAAAGACUUGCUAAGCAGUUUAGCAGUGCAUCAUGCACAUACUGCAGCCAGUCAGUUCCAUUUGUGGACUACUCAGCAAUGCAUGUGCAAAUCCCAUAUGAGACAGGGAAUUUCUUCAAAUUUGCCAUCCAGAUCUCCAUCAACUUUGUCCUGGGAGCAGCUCCUGGAUAAAUUUAUGUCUUGCUCCCAUUUUCAUACCUGCCAACUGAACAGUCCAGAACAUAGGCUGCAAAACUCUACCAAGAAAAAUCAUCAACAUCAUCCCGAUUUAGAAAAAGGCCCCUUUUUCCUUAUCAAAGAUACCAACAGGGACAACUUAUCAUUUCAGUGCCAGAAAUGUACCAGCAAUGUCAGUCAAGUGAAAACUGAUCCAAAACAUAAGAGCCCUUUAAGAAACCUUCAGCAUUUGCAGAAGUCCAGUCCACUCAGCACCUUUUACCAUUUGUCAACCAUCCCACUGUCAGACUUUUUUCAACAGGACCAGUCCAAAGUGGAGCUUCUACUUCAUCUGCUCGUUUCCUCCAAUUACCUGCUGGCUCCAAUGAUAUCACAUCCAAUGACACCUACUGCACAACAGGUUCCUUACGCUGUAACAAUAGACAUGCUACCAACAAAUGGGAAGUCUGAUCCAAACCAAAGAAUUAGGGACGUAACGCACAAGGAAAUUGCUGAACAGGACAGAACUACUGAGCGAUCAGUAAAUCUCAGUUCAGGUGGGCAGCGCGGUCUCAAGGAGCUUGGAGAAGAUGUUCAAAAAGUUGUUGAUGAUUGUGCCCAGCGGCCUCGCUCGGUUCAGUGGUUGGACCUUGGUCAGUCAAUGCUCUUUGAUGAGCUGUUGAGACAGUAUGGUACGCUGCAGUGGGCUUGCUUCGGCAAAACGCUGUGGCUGCAAAUGCACAUUCCAGACGGAGCAAGAAGUACAUGGAGUGUCAACCUUUGUGACAACCGUCGGAGCCUCCAUGUUCUUGAGAUAAUCAGCCUGGCCUUGAUGGCAGAUAUCCUUCCAAAGCAGUGCAAAGCCAUGCUGGAGGAGUUCAAUCUAAAUAUGUUGGUCAGUGCAGCGCAUGCUCAUUGGGACUAUGUGGUAUGCAGAGGUUUGGGUAUAGCUUUGAAAGACAAGUGUCUAACAGCUGGAAACCAACACAACAGGUCUUUAGAGCCAUCAUUAAAUCAAGAUGACAGUGUGAAGAUGUCUGUGACCUCCGAGUACUUGCUACAGCUUGCUCCACCUCUACUUUCCGCUUUGUCUUACUGCAAUGCACCAGGUUCUUCGAGCCUCUCCGCAUCACGUCUCGCUUUUCACAGAUUGACCGUUAGCUUGACGUUGGCUACAAUGCAACUAUACACAGUCUGGGUGAUGUCAAAGGCCUACCAGUUCCUCUCCUCGUGGAGCCUCAACAAGUUCUUACUCAUCACCCAAGGAGAUCUCAAAGUGCUGAGAAAGUCACUGGACAAAAUGGUGCAGCAGACUAAAUCGUUGGUGAACUCGGACAGUAAUUUUCUUUCUACUCUUCAUAGCCAUAAUCAACUUCUACUGAAGCAGCAGCUUCAAAAGGUUGAUGCAGCUUCUGCUGAGCUGCAGGCUUUUUCUUCUCUGGUCCUAAAAACCUUUUCUGAUGACUGCAAAAGGAUAUCUGCUGAUCUCUUUGAGCAGACCAUGCCUUCUGCUGGACAUUGGAGACUCAAUCCUAGGCCAGGCUGUCCGAUGAGUCCCAAUGAGUACGCGUCAUUGGCUGCACAGAAUGUGAUUGGUCAGGUUUUGGAUGGCGUGGAGUUACUGCCUGAUGAUGUCCGCAUCCAGGCGCUUAGCUUAACCAUGACAGCUUUCAUGGAGGCAUGGAUGGAACACAUACUGAAAGAACGAAUAAAAUUUAGUGUGCAGGGAGCGCUCCAAUUAAAACAGGACUUUGAUUCUAUUCGAGAAUUGAUCUGCUCUGACAGAUAUGGACUGCCAGAGGAACUCCUUCAGCGACUACUCAGUCUCAGGGUUUUUCAUCAGGUGGACUCUGCAGUAUUAUGCCUGCUACAGCAGCCACAGGUCAGGCCGUACCUGCAAAGCAGAGCCUGGCAGUCUUUCACGCGCUGCUGUCCCACUAAGAGCAGCGGAGACAGUUUAAGUGCAGCGGUGGGGAGCAGUAUAACCAACCUGAGGGGAAUGGAAGCAGACUACAUGACACAGUCUAGUCCUUCAGUUGUAAGCACUGAUAUCCCUUCAGUGGACCCAUUUAUCCCAGGGGAGCCCUACCUUGCGCCAAGUUUAGCUCUGGGUGCUUCUCAACAAGCCUGGUUAGACUUGAGGAUUCAUACCAAUUCUCGUCGCUGGAGAUUGCCAGGACUGCAGUGUCUUUCCAAGUCUGAACCCUGAACUCAAUCGCUGCUUUUCACAAAGCUAUCCGACUCCCUUGAUGGGACAGUGUUUUACCAGCAAUAAGAAUGUUUUGAAUAUUACUUUAAAACAAUGUGAUAUAGUCCCCAUGCCAGGUUUUUGGUAAGGGUUUCUCUUAAUUUUUUUUUGUUUUUAAAUGCUUGGCUGUGAAAUCAACCCAUACGUUAGAUUUUCUGCUUUGUGUUCACUUAGGUCUACUAAAAACCAGUGGCGGAAUGGUACGAAGUACUUUGUUACUGUACUUAAGUACAUUUUAUUCUGUCUGUACUUCGCUACAUUUUAUUUAUUAUUUACAUUUUAAUUUUCAAAUUGUCACCUGCAUUGCACGUUACUUCCGUUUUUUUUUUGUUUUUUCCCCCUUACAUUUUGAAUUGAUAGUUUCGUUUUCAUGCCUCCGGCACAAUCGAUGAGCCCAGUGCAACUAUACCGUAACUGAGCACUACAGGCAACAAGACGAGUACAAGUAAGAUUAGGCAGGAGAACAAGAUAUUGACCAAUAAAUAAAUUUAAAAAAAAAAACACCACACACUUGUACAGUAGGUGGCGAAAUGCACCUGAUAGUUGCUUGCAAUCCGGCAUUAAGUUUAGGAGUUUUUGAGCUUCUGUUUACAUUGCAGUCAAUUUUAUAGCAUUUUUUUUUUUUUUUUUUUUUAAUUCUGCAAUUUUAAAUAAAAUUUUUCUUUGAAUUUUGACUUUGAUAUCUGUAUGUACUGUAAAUAAUGUAUAUAAUACUGUAUAGUACAUUUUUGUAUUGGGAGAAAAUUUUAAAUCAAUUGCUUUUGGACUUGACAAUUUUUUUCUUAGAUGCUUGUACUUUUAUUUAAAAAAAAAAAAAAAAAAAAGAGUACAGUGGUACCUCUACAUAUGAAGUUAGUUCAUUCCAGGACCUUGUUUGUAUGUCAAAAUGGUCACAUGUUGAGCAGGAUUUCGCCAUAAGAAUACAUUACAAUUCCAUUAGUUGGUUCCACAGCCCCCAAAAAACUACACUAAAUCCUUAAUAGAUACUGCUGGUGCUAUUAUAAAAUACAAAUGGUAAUUACACAUAGAAAAACAAAUUAUUAAUAAAAAUCAAUGUAAUUCCUGUAAUAUAACUAAUCUGGUUCUAAUGUGGCCGAUGUGUAUUGCAUGACUGACGUGACAGAGAAAGGUGAGGUAGAGAUUUUACUUCUAAUGUUUUGUUGUUGGCGUCAACUGCGGCAGACAGUGGGCGUGUGCACAAGUUCUGGAAUAAAUGAUUAAAAACCUGACGAAGCUGGCGAUGUUACCACAAUAAUUGUCACUUGAUAAAGGGCGGAAAACAAUCAAGUGACUUGAAAUUCCGCUCUAAGAUCCCCAAUUUGGCCAAAUUUCAAAUUUGUCCGAUAUGCAUGUGUGGUACAUCAUUGGAAAGCUUAAAAUCUCAACUCUCUACAGGAGGGCAUUUAAAAAAAUAUUCAAACAGCGAAACCCUAACUGGAGGUGAGCACAAGAGCAUAAAUUAAAGACACCAUAAUUUUAACGAAAUAUCGCGUACUUACCUCUUUUCGAUCCAAAAACUCCACAUAGCAUGUAUCACCGAGUGUCAAGACACUGCUGUGAAUGGCCACAGCCGGAUUUUGGGGGGAUUUUAUGGGUGAAACAUGGUAAUAUAACAAGAGUCGCGAUGCAGAAAUCGCAGACAACAAGGAGUGGUCGAGAUUUUGUUUUUCAUAUAUUUACCCUUUCAAAGUUUUAUUUUUUCAAUUUUUCUUUUUUUGGAUCGAUUAUCAUCUAACAUAUCAGGAAAAAUGCGACAGUAACAAAAAAAAAAAAAAAAUACAAUUAAGCGAUACUUAUGAGGUAGAUAUCCGUGAGUUAUUUACUGAAGGAUUUACUUUUCUCACACACACCAUAUAACUGUUUGCAUUACUCCAACACACGUACAAUAAUAAUCCAUCAGUGAAUAGUAUCAUUUAUCAUAUUUACUAUAGGACUCUGUAUUACUCCAAGACACCUAAUAUAAAAUAGCACUUACAACAUAGCUUAAUGAAAAGAAGCAGAACAGAGAGCAUAAAAGAUACACAACGCCAUCUUACCACAGCAUACCAACGCAUCAUGAGCAAGAUUGACCAACCAACUCUUGCAAUCAGUUAUCCCGGGCACUCCAGGACAAAGCAGGGCUCUCUGUCCUAAAACAAGUAGCAUCUCGCCUAACCAGGAUAACAAGUUGAUAGCGGGUGGCUGGGACGUCAAGACCGGCGUCGGUCGCCGUGGCAACCACGUCCCAGCCACAAAGGAUGACGCAUGAACUUCAUCGGCCCAAACCUGCAACAGAGAGAUGAUCCCAGGACAACACCCAGCCACGCCUGCGGCCUGACCCACUCCACCGCAGCUUUCAAAAAGAACAGAACAUUUAGAUAACAUGGUCGUUGCUCUGGAAUAUUUCUAUGUAGCCUUGUUUUGCUGACCCUGGAUCCAGCAGGGUCUCUCCGUCGUCAGUUUUUGCCUUGUUUUUUGACCACUGUUAACGAAUAAAUUGUCAACCUGUGUUCAGUGAGCCUUCUUCAAACUUUUGGAAAAUGGAGUCAGUACAAAGGGUUAACAUGGGAGUGAACACACGGAAUCUUGGCCCCCACCGGUUGGCUUGCGGGAGCGGUGCCAGCGGAACACUAUUUCGUUCGGCUGGCGCUGUUUCCGCGUCUGGGCGGGGGGAAUUCAUUCAUUACAGAUGCCAAUUUUUUCAUUGUGAUGUAAUUUGUUUAAAAGAUUGAAAUAUGCAAGUGAAUAAUUUUUAAAAAGUUUUUAAAAAAAAAUGAAAUAUUAGAAAUCAAUUAAUGAUUUUAAACUAAAAAUGACAUUUUUAAUAAGUUACCUUUUUAUGGUUAGGUUGAAACAAAAGCGGUUGCGCGACGUCUGUAAACGGGGGUUUUCCAGGGUAUAACGGACGAAUUAAAAAUAUUUCGGAGGCUUAAUGCACCAUGAAUCUGCUAUGGCAGCAUAUAGACAUAUUGUUCUAUCAUACAGAACAGUAUUUUAAAAAUGUAUAUUAAAGAGGGGUGGAAGAGCAGAAACUGCUUUUUCAGCAUUGUCUGUGUUUUCUGCCAAAGAAUGUCGAACGGAGGUUGUUGGAGGACCAAGAUUGUUGAAAUUCUAGGGCCGGAUUGUUGAGCCACUUCACGGAUGCGCACUGCACGCUCUGAUUUUUCUAUCAUUUCCAUCUUCAUUUCAAUGGGAAGCGUCACAUUUUUCCUUUUUCCACCACCUGCACUAACCUUCUUGGAACCAGUCUUGCUUUCUCUCACAAGAAAAUCCGCCGUGCACACAUCUUACGGGAAAACAAACUGUGGCUCUGUCAUAAAUUGUGUUUCCAGCAUGUCGUCGGAUGCAGAAACAAAUGGCGAGUCAAAUUUUAUGUCGGGUGUCGAAGCGAUCGUAUGUUGAUGUACCACUGUAUUUCAUCCACCACUGCUAAAAACUGCAGGUUGUACUUACAUUUAUUUUUCCACCAUUGUAGCCUCACCAUACAAAUUUUGCAAACUUUUGAAAAUGUGUGGUUGUAGUCAACCUAUAAAAGCAAGAAAUUCAGCUUUUAAUUGUAUCUGAAAUGUUACUACCAUAAUUUUCAGACUAUAAGCCGCUACUUCUUCUCUUUUUUCAUUUUGAUUACUGUGGCUUAUAGUCCAGUGCACCUUAUUUGUUGAUUUUUAGGUAACUCUUUACUUGACAGUGGCGUCAUAAUGCCAUCAUAAUUAUGACGAGACACUAUCAUGGGCAUUAAUGAAUGCUUAUGACAUUUUAUUAAG